GAGAAGUAUUUCAAUCUGGGAAAAAUCUGAUUUAGCGGAUCUUUAAUCGGAGCAAUGGGUUUGACGAAUUUCAUAUUGACGGUAGCCGGAGUAGGCGCCGUGGUGAUGCUAUUGAGGAGCGACGUGAAGCAAUCUGUCACCGUCUUAAGGCGUAACGUCAAGCACAUCCGCCACUGGCUCGAAGAAGAAUCCUCCGCCGCCUCCUCCAAGGCAGCGGAGUCCAUAAAACCAAAGGAAAUAGAGACAAAGAGAUUCCGAUUUUUAACUUCCUUGUUCGAGAAAUUGGCGAAGAAGCUCAUACAAUUGAAAAUGGCAGUGUCGACGUUUUCGAGCCCCACGCCUGUCUCCGGCAUCGCUGAACCACCAGCAUCAUUCUCCUCCGCCGCAAUUGGCUGGAAGCAACCGUACUCUACUUCCUCACGAGCUCCGUUGAGAUUUCGGAGGAUGAAGAAGCGUCGAGGAAUCUCUUGCGAUUAUUCUUGCAUCGAGGUUAGGGAUGUCUGCUACCGUCCUCCGGGAACACAAUUGAAUAUCUUAAAUGGUGUUAAUUUUUCCCUGCGUGAGAAAAGCUUUGGCUUGAUUUUUGGCAAGAGUGGGAGUGGUAAAACUACCCUUUUGCAGCUUCUUGCUGGGCUAAACAAACCAACAUCAGGUUCCAUUUGUAUCCAAAGAUAUGGGGAUGAUGGCCAGCCUAAGGCGGUUCCUGAGUUACUGCCCACUGAAAAAGUGGGCAUUGUUUUCCAAUUUCCAGAGAGAUUCUUUGUUGCAGAUAAUGUGCUUGAUGAAAUUACUUUUGGUUGGCCAAGGCAAAAAGGUUGUCUGCAGCUCAAGGAGCAACUGACUUCAAAUCUCCAGAGAGCAUUUAAUUGGGUUGGAUUAGACAGCAUCCCACUUGAUAAAGAUCCUCAGUUACUAAGUGGAGGCUACAAACGUCGGCUUGCACUAGCUAUUCAAUUGGUGCAAACUCCAGAUUUACUGAUACUGGAUGAGCCCCUCGCUGGUCUUGAUUGGAAAGCACGUGCAGAUGUUGCAAAGCUCUUGAAGCACCUUAAGAAGGAACUGACUUUACUUGUUGUAAGUCAUGACCUAAGAGAGUUAGCGGCCUUGGUCGACCAGUCAUGGAGGAUGGAAACAGGGGGUGUUCUUCUUGCAGAAUGUCCACCACUUUAGUUCAAUGUUCACUAUUGCGGAAGGUCCAUACCAGGUUUGGCUCGGAUGUUAUUGAUUUUUUCGAGUAUUGUUGCAAAAAAGUGAUACAGGCUAUUACCCUGGCAUAGGUUUUUAUUGCAUGAAAUUUUAGAUAGAUAGCCGCUCUUCCUUUAUGGUGGAUUUUCUAUGGAAGUUCUUUUGUGUAGGAGAUAAUGAUAUGUUAUGCCAUAUCAGUUGAGAGAGAAAUAGUGUGCCUCUCAUCUGAGAUUAAAGCAUAUAACUGGAU